ACCGACAGACAAGGCCUUGACUCUCAGUGUGGCCAGUCAAGAAGACAGGGACUGGACACUCAAUAUGGCCAGUCAGGAAGGCAAGGACUGGACACUCAAUAUGACCAGUCAGGGAGACAAGGACUGGACACUCAAUAUGGCCAGUCAGGAAGGCAAGGACUGGACACUCAAUAUGGCCAGUCAGGGAGACAAGGACUGGACACUCAAUAUGGCCAAUCAGGAAGGCAAGGACUGGACACUCAAUAUGACCAGUCAGGGAGACAAGGACUGGACACUCAAUAUGGCCAGUCAGGAAGGCAAGGACUGGACAGUCAAUGUGGCCAGUCAGGAAGGCAAGGACUGGACACUCAAUGUGGCCAGUCAGGAAGGCAAGGACUGGACACUCAAUAUGGCCAGUCAGGGAGACAAGGACUGGACACUCAAUAUGGCCAGUCAGGAAGGCAAGGACUGGACACUCAACAUGGCCAGUCAGGGAGGCAAGGACUGGACACUCAAUAUGACCAGUCAGGGAGACAAGGACUGGACACUCAAUAUGGCCAGUCAGGGAGACAAGGACUAGACACUCAAUAUGGCCAAUCAGGGAGACAGUAUUCUCACUAUGGACAGUAUGAGGGGUUUGAACAAGGAUCAAACUAUGGCCAAACCAACAGACAAGGUUUAAACUCUGGUUAUGGACAUUCUGAAAUGCAGGGGCAAAAUUAUCAGUUUCAGAAUAACAGAACAGGACAGGAAGGGCAGGGGCUGAGUAGAAGCCAGGGGUAUUUAUCUGGGGAAGGCAGGCAGAGCCACUUUCAACAAGGGCUGUGGCAACCAGAGAGGGAGUCUGAACGCUAUCAACAUAAGGUGUAUUCCCUGUCCCAGCAAGAAACAUCUCUCUGCCACAAAGGGAGAGACUGGCAGCAGUGUGGUAGUCAUCAGACUGGAGGACAGGCACAAGAUGCACAAAGACAUGAAGAAAGGCAGAGUCAUCAGAGAUACCAUCAGCAAACACAUGAAGAGGAAGAGGACUGUCAGACUAGGGACAGACAGAGUCAGGAGCAGCAGGGAACCUCUUCUCAAAGGCAGGACCGACAGACCCAUGAACAACAGCAGAGCCGUCAGAGAUACUACCAGCAAACGCAUGAAGAAGAGGAUCGUCAGACCCAGGAUAGGCAGGGUCAUGAGGAGCAGGGAACUGCUCAGCAGCGAGACAGACAGGCCUAUGGCAAUGAGCAAAGUCAUCAGAGCAGGCAAACCCGAGACAAUGAGAGGUAUCAUCAGACCCGGGAUAGACAAGAUCAGCGAGCCUGUGAUAAUGAGCAAAUUCAUCAACAGAGGAACAGGCAAACCCAUGAGCAAGAAGAGAGUUCAUGUCAGACCCAGAAUAGACAAGGCAAUGACGGGCAGAGACGACAAGAGACCCAGAGUCGGCAACAGCAAAGAGACCGGCAGGGCCAUAAUCAGAUGAGAUCCUGUGCCCGUGAGCAUGACCACUUCUAUCCUCAGAGACAGGGUUCUCCAAGAAGAUCGGAUGACCAAAGUACCCAUCCAACUCAGGCCUAUGGGAAUCUUAGAGGAAGAGGAUCUAAUGAAAGCCAUACCACUAACUCAACUGUUGCUCCUAGCCCCCUGUAUAAGUAUGUACAAGAACAGAAAGCCCAGGGACAUCACAAUUAAAAGGAAACCAGAUCAAGGGCAAGAUCAAGUUUAAAUGUUUUCUCCCCUUGAAAAAUUCUAAGUUUAUCUUUCUCACUUAUUCUGUACUCAGUCUACUUCUUAGAAUGAGUACUUAAUUUUAAGGUGCUUUGGCUAGGGGAAGUAGGGGUGGCAGGGCAUAUCCAGGAGGUGUAUGAAAAAUGACACAAUCCUGGUUGAUUUAAAAUUGGGUAAAAUAAUCAGAUUCCCUUUUGAAUCAGUUGUAAGGGGUUAAUUUUAUCUUUAUUUGCACAUUGAAAAUUUGGGGAUAAUUUUAAAAAUCAGGGUUCUUAUGCUUGUUAAUUUUCCAUAAAGAGCUAGGUUCUUUUGAUCCUCAAGUCCAGAGACACAAAAGUAUAUUCUCAUAUCUGUGUUUGAAAUGAUUUACUGUAAUUUAAGAGGAGUGAAAAUCUAGAUAGGCAAUGACUUUCAAGGCAGACAUACCUAUGGUGUUAAUUCUUCAGGAAUUCCAAAAUAGCAAGUUGAUAAAGUGAGAAAAUUUAUAGAAGAGGACAAUUCAAAUAUUAGCAACAUAUUUCUGUUGCUUUCUCCCAUUUUAGGGGAAUGUCAGUUUCAUCUCCAAUAGAUUUGUUUGUUUUUUGUUUGGAAGGGGAAUGACAUUCCCUCUUCCCUUUUCCCCUCUAAAAGCAAAGGAGGAUUUAAGAAUUUGUCUCCAGUUUAUGGAUUUGUAAAAGAUCAGCACUAGUUUUGUGGGGAAGGGGGAGCAUAAUAUGUCAUAUGAAUCCAGGUUUCAGAAGGCCUUAAUAUUAAAUCUAGAACUGUUCAGGACUAUAGACCAUACCUACAUCAAAAACAUUUGUGUUCCAACUAUUACAGUGCAUGGAAAUUAACAAUAAAUGAUUG